GUCAAAGGUUGGUUCUGUAGUUGGUAAGUGAAGGCGGUAAUGCUGUGUUAGUUGUAUGUGUAACUAUAUCAUAAAAGAUGAAACAUAAAGUUAUAUUCCUCUUCGUAUACUUUGUAUUCUACAACGACGUAUUUGCUCAAGUCGGCGACAGAUGUACAUUCAAAGGAACCCGUAAAAGAGGAGUUUGCAAAGAAAUUACUCACUGUCCAGAAGCAGAUAGGCAGGCCAAGCGAGGAGUUGAUCAAACGUUAUGUGGUUUUGCAAAUGAUUUGAUUACUGCGAUUGUUUGUUGCGAAGUGACGGUGGAAGCAAAUGAUAAUCUACUCCCUGUUAACUUUGAAACGAAUGGAAAUGGCAAUAUAAAUCCACCAGGAAAAAUGAGUGAAAAAAAGUGUCAAGAAUAUAGUAAAGCAGUUACAUCUGAAGUACAAGUUUUAUCCUUGGUCUCAGAUGCAACACCUAUGUCUUACCAAACUCCUAAAUGUGAUUAUAACACUGUACCGUUAAUAGUGGGUGGUACACCCGCCGAGGCAGGCGAAUUUCCAUUCAUGGUUGCAAUCGGUUUCAAUACAACUUCUGAACAAUGGAGAUGUGGAGGAACAUUGAUAAGCGAUAGAUUCGUUCUUACUGCUGCACAUUGUACUUAUGCAAGAGAUGUUGGCAAACCAACUGUAGUACGUCUUGGAGAACUCGAUUUAUCAUCAGAUCAGGAUGGUUCAGUAUAUAAGGAUUAUUUAAUAUCACGAGUAAUUGUUCACCCAGGAUAUUCAGUUCCGUAUAAAUAUAAUGACAUUGCUCUUCUAGAAACACAAAAGCCAGUCGUGUUUAACAAUUUUAUGAGACCCGCUUGUCUAAAUCUUAACCAUGACCUUGGCGGUCAAGGCAUCGCUACAGGAUGGGGAAAAACUGAUUUUGCUGGUGAUAGUAGUGAUACAUUAUUAAAAGUAACUUUAGAUAUAUACGACAAUCAGAAAUGUAUGAAAACAUUUCCCCCUAAUGAUAAAGAACUACCAAGAGGAAUAGAAAGUACCAUGUUAUGUGCUGGUCGACUUGAGGGAGGAAAAGAUACUUGUUAUGGAGAUUCUGGAGGUCCUCUUGUAGUGACAAAAAAGGGAAAUAUGUGCCAAUUCUUCCUAGUUGGAGUGACUUCUUUCGGUAAACUUUGUGGUCAAAAAAAUACUCCUGCUAUUUAUACUAGAGUUUCAGAAUACAUACCGUGGAUAGAACGAAUAGUGUGGAAAUCAUAGUUAUUAUAUUAAUUUUUGUAUUAGGUACAUUUAGUUUUUUGUAGAGUAAUAGAGUAAAAGAAAAUAUUGAC